AUGGCCACCCCGGCACCGCCUGCUCCGAGCUCCCACAGCAAACCAUGCUCGCACUGCGGCGUGCUCCGGGACGUUCUGGUCCGUUGCCAGAUCGACGAGUCCCGCGCCUGGGUCUUCAUCUGUCCCGGCAAGUGCUGGCGCCAGCUGAGCGGCGGUCGGGUUGACGGAGACGCUGGCCAUCCUAAUUACCGCUACGGCGGCAUGUGGAAGAACAAGCACGAUGCGGUGAGCGCCAAGAAAAGGACGAAGACGCAAGCUGAGCGUCAGCCCCAGGGAUGGCGAAGCAGCGACAACGGCAAUGCAGCACCGGACGGGGCAGCAGAUAAGAAGUACACGCGUAACGACCGUGUGACGUGGGACGGCAGAGUCUGGGCGUGCAGAAAGACCCAUUUCGCACGGGAGGCCAGCACUCCGGACCGGGAGGUUGGCCUCUGGAAAGACGAGGGACCGGUCAGCGCCGAUUAA